GAAGAAACUCGCGGCGCUAAUUGCUGCCCACGAGCCCACACGCGCUGCCUGACAGCCUACGCACAAGCGCACUCGCGACAAAUAACUAGCUACCAUGGGUGCCGGUGCCAGCGUCGAGGGCGACGCGCCCAAGCCCAAGUUUAUCUACCUGCCCGUGGUGGGCCGGGGCGAGCAGAUCCGCCUCCUCGCUGCCGAGCACGGCAUUGACUAUGAGACAGUGCUGCCCGCUGGCUUCGGCGGUGAGUACAACUGGGCCGAGCAGGCGCCGCACGGCACGCUGCCCGUGCUGGAGACGACAGAAGGCUUUUCGCUCGGCGACUCGGCGGCAAUCGUCGACUACAUCCUCGAGAAGACGCCCGACGGCCCCCUGACGCCCAAGGAUACAAAGUCGAAGUUCCUCGCGAAAGACGCCUGGAACUUCUGCAACGACUACUACUCAUUCUUCCUGUCCCCUAUGCACGACGUCAUCAUGAACCACGCCGAGCCGCACUGGCGACAAGGUCGAAACACGGACCCCCGGGCGAACCCCGAGCACGAGAAGCACGCCGACUUCGUGUCGGAGCUGUCGACGCUGCACAAGCAGCGCAUGGGCCGCCUCCAGAAGAAGCUGGCCGCCGCCGGCACGGCGUUCUGCGCCGGCGACGAGUGCACGUACGCGGACCUCUUCAUCUACACGUGCGUCACGACGGUGCGGUUCAGCGUCUCAAUGCGUGCGGUCGCGGCGAUGGCGUUCCGCGACUCCGUCAGACUCCGCGACUCCGUCAGACCCGCGCCGUCGACGCGACGUUCUCUACGCACAGGUGCUCAAUUGCAAGGGCUUCACGGCCUUCCGCGAGUCGUGCGGCGAGGAGGGUCCCUUCGCCGGCUGCCCGAUGGUCCUCGAGCUCGCGGCCAAGGUCGGCGAGCGCGAGAAGGUCGCGGCGGCGGCGGGGAUCUUUGAUCAGGCGCCCGUGUAGGCGACGAAGAGUGGCGAAUACAUAUCCCGUCGACGGCGGGAUAUGUUUUCCUUAACCUAGAUUCACUUAAAACAUGGUC